GCUCGUUCUGCUGUAGAUCAGACAUCAACACUUCAAUAUGGAUACACCGCGGUUUUAUACAACAGCAGCCAUUGCUGGCGUUGCCACUCAUCUCUUCUACUUCAAACAUGGCGAACAUCAUCUCCAUGCCAUUCGAUAUAUGGUCAUCUUCUUUGCAUCGGUUGUGACAAGCAUUGCCUUGAUGACUGCCCAUGGCGAGUCAGUCUACCAUGCUUCAUCCCAAGUCAGCCAGAUAACGGCAAUCUAUCUUGGUGGUCUCUAUGCCAGCCUGACUAUCUACCGUCUCCUUUUCAACCCCCUCAAUCGACUCCCCGGACCCAUCGGGGCCCGUCUCUCUUCACUCUGGUUCUCAUCCCAACUCAUCAAAUCCUUGACUUCAUAUCGAACCCUCAACGCCCUGCACAAAAAGCACGGCCAGAUCGUGCGAAUCGGCCCUUCCGAGCUCUCCAUCAUUACCCCCAACGCCGUCAAAACCGUCCAUGACCCCAAAUCCGGCUGCACUCGCGCCGAAUACUACGACAUCACCUUCCCCGCCGUCUCCCUCCAAACAACCCGCGACAAGACAUUCCACCACCAGAAGCGGCGCGAGUGGAGUCAGGCGUUUGGCAGUAAAGCGUUGCACAGCUAUGAGCCGCGUAUCAGGGCGCAUCGCGAGCGGUUCAUCGCACAGGUUGCUAAGACCGACUCGCCGAUCGAUAUCACCAAGUGGUUUUACUGGUACGCGUUUGACGUCAUGGGCGAUCUCUCGUUUGGGUAUUCGUUUGGGAUGGUCGAGGAUGGGAAGGAUCACUGGGCGAUUCGGCUUCUGAAUGACUCGCUGCGUCCGUUGGGGUAUAUGUUGCCUGUGUGGCUGUUUCAGGUGGGAAUAUCGAUUCCCGGUCUGGCGAGGGAUUGGUGGGGGUUUAUUGAUUUUUGUUAUCAGCGGUUGGAGGGGAGGUUAAAUGUUGAACCGACUAUCCCUGAUAUCAGUACAGCUGUUCUGGCACCGCUAAAGGGAAAGACACUUACCGAGCAGGAUCGGAAUAUCAUGCGAGGAGAUGCGCAGUUGAUGGUGGUGGCUGGGAGCGAUACAACCGCAACCUCCCUCUCAUCCAUCUUCUACGAACUCUGCUCCCAUCCCAACCACAUCGCCAAACUCCGACAAGAGCUCGCUCCCCAUCUAACAGAAUCAGGAACAUACCACCACGAGAAUCUCUUCCACCUCAACCAUCUCAACGCCGUCAUCAACGAAGCCAUGCGUCUUCAUCCGCCUAUCCCAAGUGGUAUGACCCGUCUUACGCCUCCGGAGGGAAUUACCAUCGACGGUGUCUACAUCCCAGGUAACACGACACUGUUUCUGCCUCAAUAUCCGACAGGAAGGAAUGAGGCUAUCUACGACCAGGCAGACAGCUUCAUCCCGGAAAGAUGGUAUUCAAAGCCGGAAAUGAUCAAGGAGAAGUCGGCUUUUGCGCCGUUUCUUAUUGGACCAUACAAUUGUAUCGGCAAGCCCCUCGCCCUCUUGAACAUUCGCACUCUCGUGGCGCAGCUAGUAACAGACUUCGACUUUGAGUUUGCACCUAGUGAGAAUGGAGAGGAGUUUAUGGGUGAGGCUAUGGAUCAUAUUACGUUGGAGUUGGGGAAGUGUAUGGUUAGUUUUCGGGCGAGGGAGUGAUCUCUCUUUACUUUUUUACGAGAUGGAAUAGGAUGAGAUCAUGUUUCUAUUAUGGACUACGAAUAUGUUAUUAGAUAGUAACGGUGCUUUAUUCUGCUAUUUAGGUAUAGCGAAGUGUAACUGAAUCCACCCAUUCUGUUGCCUGUCCUUCAGAUACAGAAAGCUAGGAAUGAAAUGAAACACCGAAAAAAACCAGCCCUAAUAUGAAUAAAUGCCCAUAAGUCCAUCGGCAAUCAAUUGUUAAAAGUUGAAACGAUCGAGAUCACAGUCGACAUCAAUGUUGCGCAAUUGACGAUCGAAAUCGGAAGACGAUGACCGUCACGGUAGCACUAUUCUGG